CUGCGGGGGGUGCGGCUCGUCGCGGCCUCGCUCCCUGCUGGGUGCGGGGGGGGGGAUCGCCCCUUCUAAGCUCGCCGCCUGCGCGGCGCUGCCCGGGCUCAGGGGCCAGGUGACAGGAGGAGCAAAGACCGUCUGGGAAACCGCCGCACCCUAGUCCCCGGGAAUGGGACGGAGGCGCUGGGCCCUGAAGGGUCUCGCCGCCCUGCUGGUCUAGUAACACGCCGGGCUCGAGCCCGGCCCGCCCUCUCGCUGUGUGAGCUUGGUUAGCGCUUCGGGCAUAGUAUGUGUGAAGAUUUCUCAAAUACAUUGAUGCAACUUUGUGGCCUCCCAAAAUGGAAAAGUUUGGCAUAGUUAUGCUUGGAAGCCAGGUUGACAAGAAUGCACUCCAAGAGCAAAAUAUAGCUGUUGGUGGAGUCUGUAGAGUGCAGCUAUACUCAUCCUAAAAAACUGUCAGAGGAUAUUGGCAGGGCAGAAGAGACAGGCAAAUAACAUGAAGCCAAGAAAACUUCUCUUUUUAAUGAUUUCAGAAUAAGAAAAUAUCAGUCAAAUGAAGCAGCCCAUGCAGUGGAUGUGCCUUUUAAUCCCACAAUGUUGGAAGCCACAUCUCCAGAAAAUAAAAGACCCCGGAGAAGCUUGUCCCUCAGUAAAAACAAGAAAAAGAAUGAAGCAGAAGUUAAAGGAGCACCACCCAUACCUUCAGCUUCUUCCUCUAUCCUUUCUUUUUUUAACAACACUCCCCCUGCCAAAGUCACCUGCCCUAUGUGCGGGCAGAUGGUGCCAAGGUAUGGGAUCAACAAGCACAUAGAUGAAAUGUGUCAGAAGAACCAUGGGGAUGGUGAAAUGAUUCUAGUUGAUUCAGGACUUGACUGUUUUAUGAAUGAGGGCCCAUCAGGUAUAGAUCUGAACACUUGUUCCAGCCCAUACUUUGCAAAGGAAGCUUUGACUCCAGAGAAAAAUAUGAGUGUCUUUGAAAGCAACUUGUUGAAAAUGAGAGCAGGUGCAGGACAGCAGACUAGUCCUUACUUUAAGAAGAAUAAUGCUCCAAUAUGCGAUGUUCAGAAUGAGCCAAGGGUGCAAAUGGUUAAAAGUAUCUCUUUGGGCAACUUGGCAUCUAAACUGUCCAGAAGGUACCGUAUCCAGAAUAGACAACUGAUAGAAGAAAAUAAGAAGAAUUCUUCAUCCCAAGCUGUUCACAGUGUGUGUGACAAUUCUGCAGAAUGGGGUGAUGGAGAGACUUCUGCUGGGGAUGGCUCUCAAAAAGAGAAUCACUUCUUUCUGUCAGGAUUCCAAAAGCAGCAUGUCCCAAAAGACAGUUUAACAAAAGAAGCUGAAAGUCAGGGAGAAACACAAGAAUGUGAUAAAGAGACUCUUGUGGGUUCUGCUCAUGGAUUAGUAUCCUCAGUUAGCAUUGUUGCCAGGGAGCUAGUGUCUGCUGCAAGGAACACUGAGAAGCACAGUUAUUCUGAAGGCAUGGUGCCUAAUCUUAGCAAACAUACACCUCCAGCAAGUUAUAAUAAAGUAGAGAGAUCUGAUGGUUCAGAAGCCAAAACUCAGUUCUCUGUUAAGGAUAUUCCUCCUUCAAGGACACAAGUGAUGUAUGAGAGCCAUACAGAAAACUGCCUAGUGAAGGAUAAUACAGGAACACUUCCUAUGGAAGUUCAUGAAGACUUAAAGAAUGAAAUGAUUUAUCAUACUUUCUCAGAACCUAUCCAGGAGGUGGAUUUUCAGAGUCCUGCCAGUGACAUUUUAGACAAAAUAAGUGGUGCAUUUGGUUCUGCGUCUGACUCUUUUGGUCACCCAUAUUAUCUCCAGAAUUUCCUGAUGGUCCUGCAAGUUGUCUUGGAGAAUCGUGAUGAUCUGAGACUCUUUGAUGAGCAAGACACCAGCACUAUCACAAAGUUCUACCAAUUGUCAGCUGGUGGUCAGAAGUUAUACGUAAGACUUUUUCAACGCAAGCUGAAUUGGAUAAAAAUUAACAAAAUAGAAUAUGCAGAGAUCAGUGCAGAUUUGUUGCCAGUAAUUGGAGAAUUGGUUGAAGCAGGCUUUCUGCAAACAGAAUCUGAAUUACAAGACCUUUCUGAGGGGCUGGACUUGCUUUCUGCUCCUGAGCUAAAAACUUUAGCGAAGACCUUUCACCUGAAAAACCCAAAUGGUCAGAAACAGCAGCUGGUGGAGGACUUUCUCAGACUGGCAAAACAACGUUCGAUCUUCAGCAGUAAUCAAGCUGGUAUUGGGGCAGUGAUUUUGAAAAGGGCUAAGGACCUUUCUGGGAAGUCUGUCAGGGUCUGUAAAGGCCCCCGAGCAGUAUUUUCUCGAGUUUUACUGCUGUUCUCACUGACUGAUUCAAUGGAGGAUGAGGAAGCAGCUAGUGGUGGGCAAGGCCAGCUUUCCACUUUGCUUAUGGUAAACAUGGGUCGUAUGGUGUUUCCCAGUUACACGGUAAAUAGGAAAACAGCAAUCUUCCAGGACAGAGAAGAUCUCAUCAGAUAUGCAACAGCUGCUCAUUUGUCAAAUGAUGUAGCCACUGCAAUGGCUAAUGGGAACUGGAUAGAAGCUAAAUAUCUCUAUAUGUGUGCAAAAGAAACCUGGUAUGAACUGAAAAGUCAUCCUUCUUUGAGAUACCAUAGAGACUUACCUGAGUAUCUGCGACAUUUUACAGUUGGGUGGAUGUUUACAAGGAUCCUCUCUCGAGGGGUUGAAAUACUGCAGAGACUUCAUAUGUAUGAGGAGGCUGUGGAAGAACUGCAGUAUCUUUUGUCUCAGGAAGUGUAUUGUACAGACAGCAGAGGACGAUGGUGGGAUCGACUGGCUUUGAAUUUACACCAACACUUGAAACGCAAUGAACAGGCUCUUGAGUGCAUUAGAAAAGGGCUGUCAGAUCCAUUUGUGCGCACAGGCCAUCGACUCUCUCUCUACCAGCGUGCCCUGCGAUUGAAAGACUCGCCAAGCUGCAAGAAGUUCAGGAGUCUCUUUCAGGGGCUGCCUGUCAUAACUCUAGAAGAUGUUACACAUGUUACAAUCAAAGGAAAGAUGUGUCCCCAAACAGGGGUGGGAAAAUCUGUGUUUCUAGUGGAGGACGUUGAUGAUCAAGAGAAAGGAGAAGACUUCACUCUGUCCACAAUCAUGUGUUCAGUUGAGGAGCUGGCAUUAACACAUUACAGACAGAAUGGCUUCGAUCAGGGGAUUCAUGGAGAAGGUUCCACAUUUAGUACACUCUAUAGCCUUCUAAUGUGGGACAUUAUUUUCAUGGAUGGCAUACCAGAUGUUUUCAGAAAUUCUUAUCAGGCAUUCCCCCUGGAUUUGUAUACUGACAGUUUCUAUGAGAACAGGAAGGACGCCAUUGAAUCUAGACUCCAGCUACUGCACGCAGCUUCCUCAGAGACCCUGAACGAGAUGAUUGCCAAUGUCUGGAAUGCUCAAGAGGGAAAAGCAGCCACACUAGUUAGCUGGGACCGGUUUACUUCUCUCCAGCAGGCUCAGAGUCUAGUGGCUUGCUUUGGGGGACCUUUUCUGAGUGGUGUAUGUAGGAGGCUCUCCAAAGAUCUGCGCCAUUGCAGAGGGGGGCUUCCUGAUCUAGUCGUGUGGAGUACGCAAGAACACCGCUUCAAGGUGGUGGAAGUUAAGGGUCCCAAUGAUCGCCUCUCCCACAAACAGAUGAUUUGGCUGGAUGAACUGAAGAAGCUGGGAGCUGCUGUAGAAGUUUGUCAUGUGGCUGCAGUUGGAGCUAAAAGUAAACGCCUCAGUUGAAUAAAAUUGCCUGUCAAUUCUCCCCCCCUCCCCAUCAAACAUGUUUAUUUUAAAAAAUAAAUAAAUUAUGAAUGUGCUAA